AUGGGCCUAAAUAACCACACCUGGGCCUUUACACCAAAGUCCUCUAUGUCCGAAGUGAUGGUCAAUCGAUUUGCCAUCCUCUGCGGUCCUCUAGCCCAGCUUUGCUUCGUUAUAUUCCUCCCAGCGGGGCUCCUCCUCCCACCGAUCAGUCCGUCCCUGUCGCCCGAGCAGACAGCCGAGCACUAUCGGAAGAACCUCACGGGCAUGAAAGCAGGAAUCUCCAUCAUGCUUAUGACGGCGGUCUUUUGGCCCAUCUUCUGUGCGGGCGUCAACCGCCAACUGUCGAGGAUCCCGCACGUCAAUCCGACUUUACUGUGGGCCCAGCUGGCCGGCGGCGCCCUGGGUGGCGUCUCCAUGAUGCUGCCCGCCGUCUUCUUUGCCGCAACCACCUACCGGCUGGACCGUGACCCCGUGGCCACCCAGACCCUAAGCGACCUAUCGUGGUUCUCCUUCUCGAUGCUGUUCCCCCCAUUCAUUGCGCAGGACUUGGCACUCUCAUGGGCCAUUCUGUCCGACAAGCGGGCCCAGCCGUUGUUCCCCCGUUGGCUUGCUUACGCGACCACCGGUCUUACAUUGACCUUCUAUCCUGCCCUUGGGGUCCACUGUGUCCACCAUGGGGCGGUGGCAUGGAAUGGCGCGCUGGGAUUCUGGCUCGGCGCGGCAGGCUUCGGCUUACAGGUUGGUCUAUUGGUACGCUUCAUGCUGAAUGCGGCUGGGAAACCGGACUUGGAACAUGACGACGGUGUUACUACUGUUUGA